CAGCAUUUGGAAAACGGUGUCGUGAGUACAACCAAAUCCUUUUGCGUGCCGCAGAGAACCCAGACGCAAACGUUCACCAGCUGACAAAGUAGUGGUACCGAAGAGAUUGGUUCCCUCGCGAGUGCUACCCACUUCGAAGAGUUAUUGCGAGCGAAACGAGUGGUCAGUUCGACGCGAUAACAGAACGUGUAUACCGGGUGAUCGUGAUUACAUUAGUGACAAAAUUUAAAAGUGCGAAAAUUAUUGGAAGUCUGUUGCAAAUAAAAGGUGAAAGUCAACUGCAUCUACAGAAGAGAAACCCUGUGAUGAUCUCUCUCACAAUCUUCACACAACAACAAUUAUUAAUUCUUCAAUCAACAACAACAGGCAUAGAGAACUAGAUUUAGAUUAAAAUUAAAGUGACGGAACAACACAAGUGUAACGUCAAAGUGAAUUUGUUAAUUAUAAUUAUUGUUAGUUACAAUUCAGUCUACUUUACCUAAAUUUCGAAAAAGUGGACAUUCCCAACAAUAGAAGUGUCGUUUAGUGAUUAAUUUUUAAUGAACAUUCAAGUUAUUCGGUUGAAUAGUGCCAAAGAAGUAUGCGGAAUGGAAAAUUAUUAAUUAAAAAGUUAGAAGAAUGACUGCCUCUAUGGAGAACAGAGGGCGUAGAAAAAGUUCUUGGGAUUCCAAGACAUCAGUGAGUUCAAUAGGCUCAUCAGGAACAAGGCAGUACAGACGGUCUCCUAGUUCGAUACUGUCUUCAGAUUCAGACAUAAGAUUCACUAGAAAAAAAUUAACAUCUCAAUACAAGUGUGGAUGUUGCAUUAUAGCCAUAUUUCUUCUGUUUCUUCUUUUAGCAGCCGUAGGAGUAUAUGUAGGAUAUACGUUCUUCCUUCCACAAACACCGGAUGAACAAAUUUUCAGAGCAACAUUUAAAGUGAUAGAAGGAGACACCUUCACCCCUGAACUAGCAGAUCCUAGUACAAACAAAUUUAAAAAUAGAUCUCGUGAUUACAGAGAAAGACUGAAUUUAUUAUUUAAAAGGAGCUCAGUAAGGCACGGAUACGUCGGUUCUGAAGUACUAGCCUUAGAUGGAACGGAAGACAAAGAUUUAAUUGUACAUUUCAAUAUUCACAUGGACCCAUACUAUUUAGACAUCCAAGCUAAAGAUAUUGAAGAUAUUUUGGCUAACGAAAUAUCGGUGGAAGAAUCGUUAUUUUUCAAAAAUUUAACCAUUGAUUCCAAAAGUUUAGAAGUUAAACUCGAUACUGAGCUACCGCAAAUUUCUUCUACAACAGUUAUUAUUGUUACUGAAGCCGUAACUCAGAAACCGGACCCGCCCAGAAGAUGCUUCCCUUUGGAAUUGGACUAUUGCAAAAAAUUGGGGUAUAAUAUGACUACUUAUCCGAAUAUUUUUAAACAUUGGAGUGUUAAAGACGUCAACAUCGAUGUUAUUUCGUUUAGGGAAUUGGUUGAUGCAGAAUGUUUUAGACAUGCUUACGAUUUUAUAUGUCAAAUAUUACAACCACCUUGUAAAAAAGGAGUUACUGAAGACGAAAUGAUACUGCCCUGUAGAAGUUUUUGCAGAGAUUUCAUGGCUGGUUGUGGAAACAGACUACAAGGAAAAAUUAAAGAAUUUUUGGAUUGUUCGAAGUUUCCGGAAUUUGGGGAAAAUACAUGCAUCACUAAACCAGGUUGCGUAGACGAACUGCAGUCCAAAGCACUCUCGCCCCGCAUUUGUGACGGCGUGAUCGAUUGCCAGGAUGUGUCAGACGAAAAAUCCUGUAGUUAUUGCCCAAAAAACCAUCUCCAUUGCGGAAUUGGUAGAGUAUGCAUUUCCAAAAUCAAGAGAUGCGAUGGCCAUAUCGAUUGCCCGGAUGGAAGCGACGAAAGGGGUUGUCUAAGCCUGGCGCCCAGCGUGGAUGCCAUUAAGAGAGCAGAAAACGUGACGCCACACCCGUCACGAUACUAUGCAGAAGGUUUUGUAACUUUCAAUGAAAAAGGAGAGGUAGGAAAACUAUGCACCGAAAACGUCAACAGGAGUCUACCAGUGAACCAGUCGACGGCAGUUUUGCAAGCAGCGGCGGCGUCCCUUUGUAAAACCCUAAGUUACGAGAAAGUAGCAUCUGUGAAUGUAGUAACAGAUUUUGAAAACAACAUUUCGUAUGUUAGAAUGAGGAACCCAACAGCAUCCGAGAUCAGUUUUGUGAGAGCAAAAUGUCAUACAAAGCAAGUUCUGCAAGUAAAGUGUGCUGAUUUGCAAUGUGGUGUACAAGCUACUCACGGACCUACAGGUCUGAAAUCAUUGUCAAAAAUGGGAUCUCAUGGUGACUGGCCUUGGCAUAGUGCCCUUUUCAAAGAAGAUGUCCAUAUCUGCGAUGGUACCUUGAUCUCAGCGGAAUGGGUAGCCACGACAACAUCUUGCUUCCAAGGCCAACCUAAAGCCGAAUGGAUUGCCAAGUUUGGAAUCACUAGACUAUUCAGUUCAACUCCUUGGGAACAAGAAAGAAGAAUAAUAGGUAUGGUAAAAUCCCCAGUAGAGGGUAGCACGAUAGCUCUUAUAAAACUAGACCAACCAAUAACCUUCAAUGACUUUGUACGCCCGAUAUGUCUACCUAAAGAAAACAUGGGUUUGCCCAUAGAGCACGUGCAAUGCAAUACUUUGGGCUGGGCCAGAAAUAGAGAACAGAUGCAGAGAAUACAAGUAAAAUUGGUCGACAAAGAGAAGUGUGAUAAUGUCAGUAUUACCAGCGUGAACAGCAUUUGUACCGAACCUAUUUAUGGACAAAAUGAUUGUAAUGAAGAAGAAUUUGCGGGUAGUCCAAUGGUCUGUCAAUAUUCCAAUGACGAAAAAUGGUUUUUAACAGGAAUAACCAAUUGGAGAAUAGCUUGUGCAAAAAAUGGUUCAGAAAGGCCAAGAUUGUUUGAUAAAUUAUCGUCCAAUAUUAAGUGGAUAAAAGAAAGUAUCACAUCAGAAACAUGAU